CGUUAGGAGGUUGAUUGAGCCAGCGUAGCGAUUGCAGCGACUGCGGGUUUGUGUAGGUUGGCGAGCUGUAUCCGUACAUUUAGGCCAUCUCCACGGUUCGGUGUUGCCGAUGUCGUAGCUUCGGAGCUUCCUGAAAAGACACAUUUCCAGGAUCAAUGCGUUUUGCCAAGAGAAAAUUGAGAAACACACCAGGGGGUGAGGCUAGCGGCUUGGGUGCAUCCGUGCUGCUAGGAAACCCACAGUUAUUGUGGAUGCUGUCUCACCGUUGUUCGCAGUGCUUCACCUCGUCUCGAACAUUUCCAAAUAGUUGCAUCAAGUACGGGUAUCAACCACCCUUCUGGAAACACUUUAUCCCCGACUUACCUUACCAAGGACGUACCUACCGUGAAACCCAUACACCUUCAUCGUCCAUCCAAAACUACCUCUCUUGCCCAGCGGUUUUCAGACUCGAUCACUGAGACUACAAGUCCAUCUCCGAUCCCAAUAAGCACAUCAGAACCGAGAAAGGAAAAUGGAGCCUCGGGCUCGCGCCGGCAAAAAUGUCGGCAAGAUGAAC